AUGGCUAAGAAGGGGAAGAAGAAUGGGGCAAGUCCGUCGCCCGAGGUAGCCCCCGGGAAGAAGGGCAAGAAGGGUUCCAAAAGCGAGGAGCCGGCCAUUCUGACUAAAGAAGAGCAGAGGGCUCAGCAACAGGCUCAUAGGGCCAAAGUGACCUCCACAGCGAGUUGGACUGGGAAACUGCCCCAUACUUUGCUGCAUGAGUUUUGUGUGAAGAAGAAAUGGAACAAAGUUGAGUACGAUAUGAGAAGACAUGGUGAUAAAGGUAUGGUAGCCACGGCAGUGCUGUCCUGGACAGACCCGAAGACUAAAGAAGUGUUGAAGGUUAAAAUGAACGAUCCAACAUUUGACAGGACCACUGGGACCGGUCUGCUGCUGCCGCAGGAGACUGCCGCGGAGGCGAGGCAUAUGGCCGCGGUGGUUGCGUUGUCGCGAGUCGCAUUCAAUAAGAAUUUGCAAAUGAUGCUCCCACCUAACCAUAAAAAAUUGUGGUACGAUUUAGAGGACUACAGGAAAUUGAUCUCGAAAUCUGAUCCGAGAUCUUGUGCUAGGCUUUUCGAUUUGGAACCCUUCACAUCCAUGGUCGAGGAGAAAAAGACUAGAGAAAAGGCUGAAGAGGAAUUCAAGGCAAAACAAAACCAAGCUGAAAAGACGCAACAGAUACCCAUCUUAAUAACAAAUGCAUCCUCUUCGAAGCCUAGCUCGAGUUCAAGGAGAGCUGGGAAUGAUAGAAAUAAACCAAGUGACGGACAAAUAACAAAAAUUGUCAAACCUGCCAAGACAAGACGGUCACUCGUCAAGUUCCCAAGGAAAGUAUGGGAACGUGCAUCCUUUGUUGAUUUGGAGGAAUCUACAAGGCAAAUGAUAGAAGCUACAUUGAAACCUGUCAUAAAUUGGGAAUCAGAAAUGUACAAGGAAACACCUGAAAAGCAUGCAGAAAGAGCGGAACUUGAGGUAAAACUUGUUGGGAUAGGAUUCAGACAAAUACACGUCAAGGAGGCUAUGCAGUUUAAAGAUCCAUUAUCGUUCUUACUGUUUAAUUUACCCGAUGACGACUUACCGCCAUUCUUCCAUAAAAGAAAGGAGGAUUCAAAAAAUAAGGUGGAGAUUGCAUCUCUGCCGCUAUCUACUAGAUUAGUAGUGGAACGGUUGACUGAGCUUGGCGUUUCAGAAGACGAAGCACAUUACUCCCUGCAGGAAGCCCGAAUGAAUGAAAAUGAAGCCGUUGCUAUUCUAAUGAGUGAAUUUGUCACUGUGCCACCUUCCAGCGCUGACCAUUCCACAGAAAUCUCGGAGGAGGAGUCCUUGGAGAUGUGGAGGCAAGAAUUAGAAAGUUUACAAUGCAUCGAUGAGUCAAAAGUAGAGGAUAUCGUAACUGAUUUAAGCUACAGUGUGGUUUUAGAGGGUGGAUUGAAACUGAAGGCGCGGCUUUAUAGAACGCAAGGAUACCCUUACAAAUUACCUGGUAUCAUAGUCUCAACUUUUGACAAAAAAUACAAGCUACCGAACUACAUCAAAAAGCAGAUCCUGAGUAAAUUGGUGAAUUACCUCGUUGAGGGAAACCUCAUUGGUGACAUGCUUGUGUACAACAUUAUUGAGUGGUUAGAGGACAACAUCCAAAACAUUAUUGACAAUCCUGGAUCACUCCUCUCUCAGAAUGACUUAGCGACAUCUUCUCAUUCUGAUACAAUUAGAGGCAACCAUGCUAAAAGCGUUUACAACAAAAAGAAAAAUAGCAGGAAUGUAUCUCUUAGUCCGCAGCAACUGGACUCUCUUCACACUGAGUAUUUGAACAGACAAAAGACUAAACAAUAUAAAGAGAUGCAGGAGGUGCGUGCUCUGUUACCUGCGUGGAAAAAACAGGAUGAAAUUGUCGAACUGAUUGAACAAAACGACGUCGUUUUGAUUACAGGUGAAACUGGUUCUGGUAAGUCUACUCAAGUUGUCCAGUUCAUCCUGGAUGCACUCCAAAAUUUGAAAAGAAGUACUAAAAUCAUCUGUACUCAACCUAGAAGAAUAUCUGCCAUUGGUCUAGCAGAACGUGUUGCUGAUGAAAGAUGUGUCACUUGCGGAGAUGAGGUCGGGUACACUAUAAGAGGUGUAAACAUGACUAAGGCGACCACCAGAAUCAGGUUCAUGACCACCGGUGUACUUGUUAGAAUUUUACAAGGUGACCAAAGCCUGUUGAAUGACUCAAUUGUUGUAAUUGAUGAGGUUCACGAGAGGUCCAUAGACACUGACUUGGUGGUCACGUUGCUGAAGAACUUGUUGGGGAAGGUCAAGGGACUGAAAAUUGUUCUCAUGAGUGCCACAGUCAAUGUGGACUUGUUUAGCAAGUUCUUCCCCCAGUUGGGUAGAUGUCACAUUGAGGGUCGUACUUUCCCUAUCAAGGACUACUUUUUGGACGACAUCUUAGAGGCUUUGGACUUUAAAAUCAAAAAGAAUGAAAAACCGCAGUUGUACCGAUAUGAAGAUACUGAUGAUCUAGAUAACGGGUCUCAGGGUGGUGACGAUGGAUACAUUAGACCUGGACCGGAUUCUAAUUUUUUCAAAUCUGGGCAAAUAAACUACGACUUGCUCUGCCAGGUCGCAUUGCAUGUUGAUCAAGAGCUUAAAUCCGGCAGUAAUGAUGGGUCCAUUAUUAUAUUUCUUCCAGGUGUUGCUGAGAUAGACAAGAGUUGUCGAAUGUUAAAAGAAAUGGAUACUUCGCAUAGGUUUGUUGUGUUGCCCCUGCAUUCCGCUCUGACUCCUGAAGACCAAAAGAAGGUCUUUAGGAGGUACGGAUCUAAGAGGAAGAUUGUUGUUUCUACCAACAUUGCCGAAACAUCCAUUACCAUUGACGACUGUGUUGCCACUAUCGACACCGGGCGUGCGAAAACCAUGUACUAUAACCCUCGGGAAAACACAACACGAUUGAUUGAGUCGUUCAUCUCCAAGGCGGAGGCCAAACAGCGUAGAGGUCGUGCUGGUAGAGUGAGGAAAGGUGUUUCGUACAAAUUGUUCUCGAAGAGGCUUUUUGAGGAGGAUAUGGUGGAUAUGCCUGCACCUGAGAUCAAGAGAGUCGCACUUGAGUCGCUGUACAUUAGCGUUAAAGCGAUGGGGGUCAAAGACGUCACUAGUUUUCUAGCUUCUGGUCUGGAGAGUCCUCCCCUGCAGUCGCUGCGGAAGGCGGAGAGGAUGUUGACGACUGUUGGGUUGUUGGAGGAGGACGAUCGAAGUUUAACUCAACUGGGCCGGUAUAUUUCGUUGAUGCCCGUUAUGGACAGCAAGCAGGGCAAGUUGUUGAUCUACAGCAUUAUAUUUGGAGUCACCGAUCUUGGUGUGCUAACGGCUUCGAUCCUAAGUUCCGGGUCUCAAAUGUUCAUUGGUGGAAGGGACAACAGGGAUGCCAUUAAGAAGGUGCUGUUGCGGUACCAAGCGAGAGGUGAUCUGCUGGCGAUGGUUGAGAUUCUGAGACAAUACUUGAGUAUUGAGGACAAAGCUGCGAAGAGACAGUUUAUGAGGGACAACAUGCUGUCAUACAACAAAGUGAGCGAGAUUCUAUCCGCGCGGGCACAAUACUAUUCGAUCCUGCGAGACGUUGGGUUUUUGCCCAUGAGUUACCGUCCCUGGAAUGGUUCCCCGACUUUCAAUGCCAACGAGAGUAAUAGCAGUGUUGUGGAGAUAAUUCUGACUGGUUCGUUCUACCCAAAUGUUGCUCGUGUGCAGUUACCGGACCCUAAGUUCCUGGCCACCAGUUCCGGUGCGAUAGAGAAGGACCCUGAGGCGAAGACGAUCAAGUAUUGGGUCAGAAACGAGGAGUACGUGGACAAACUUUCUGAGUUGCGGCAGACGCAGACGGCCAGCGGCUCUGUGGACAUGGAUGAUAUGCCUUUACCUUCGACGAGGGCCUUCAUCCACCCGUCCUCGGUGCUGUUUUCCGAUCGAAACGUGAACGUCGAGGAGAUAAGGGCGUUGGAGGGUGCCGCCGAGGAGGGCGCUGCCGAUAAGUAUGCCUCAAGGAAUCCGAUGUUGAAGUUGCCCUUCCUCGUGUACAACUCGUCGCAUUGCACUUCGAAGUUGUUUCUGAACGGGAUCACUCCGACGUCGACGCUAUCGUUGCUGCUGUUCGGUGGCCCGAUCAGUUACGAUAUCCAUGGAGAGCAACACUCCCCUGGGAUUGUCGUUGACGACUGGCUGCCGGUCCGAACGUGGUGUAAGAAUGCUGUACUGAUCAAGCGUUUGCGGCAACAGUUGGAUGUCUCUAUCCGGGAAGUGUUGCAGCGGCCAAGAUACGAUUCGCGGCCGAGCGACGCCCGCAGUGACAGUGACACGGCCACCGCUACAAGUGUGAUCGAUCUCGUAGUGAAAAUCGUUGGUGCGUAA